AUGUCGAAUCGUCCAAUCUUUGUUGCGACUCAUCCCCGAGCCUGUUCUACGGCUUUCGAAAGGGUCUUUAUGACACGUCGUGAUGUCCUCCAAUGUGUACAUGAACCUUUUGGAGAUGCAUUCUACUUUGGUCCUGAAAGAUUGAGCCAGAGAUAUGAAGAUGAUGAGCAGGCGAGAGUUGAGAGUGGCUUCGCGUGUUCGACAUAUCGAUCUGUUUUUGACAGGCUGGAGAGUGAAGCAUCCGAGGGAAAACGCCUUUUUAUCAAAGAUAUCAUCCACUAUCUUGUUCCCCCGAACGGAAAGCCAGCCACCAUCGCCCCCUCCUUACUGAGAAUUAAACGCGGUGUCAGCACUGUGGAUGGCAACAGCGUCGAUCCCGUCAGCGCCUUGGCCAUGGAGCCGAGUUCCAAUGGCGAUAACAAGACACCAUAUCCAUACGAUACAUGUGCGGAGGCCGACAAUCCGACUGUUAUUCCGUCUUCCAUGCUAGCCAAAUUCCAUUUCACCUUUCUGAUCCGCGACCCGCACUUCAGCAUUCCGUCCUAUUAUCGAUGCACCAUACCGCCUCUCGAUAAAGUCACUGGCUUUUACGAAUUCUAUGAAUCUGAAGCGGGCUAUGAUGAGGUGCGUCGGGUUUUUGACUACCUUAGUAAAAUACAGCUCAUCGGACCGCAUGACGCCAAUGGAAUCGGUGUUAUGAAUGGCACACCACAUGGGAUCAACGGCGAGACCAACGGCGAAACCAAUGGUGAUGAUAUCGCAUCUGACGCUCACAGUAAAAGGGUUGAAAUUUGCGUUAUCGACGCUGACGACAUGCUCGACGAUCCCGCAGCCAUGAUACAACGUUACUGCAAGAGUGUGGGGAUCGAGUACAAAUUGCAAAUGUUGAAAUGGGAGUCCGAAGAGGAGCACCGAAUUGCCAAGGAGGCAUUUGAGAAAUGGAAAGGAUUCCAUGACGAUGCUAUCAACUCUACAGAAUUGAAAACUAGAUGCCAUAAAAAGGAACCCAAAACCGAAGCUCAGUUUGACGAGGAGUGGCGUGCCAAGUAUGGAGAAAAGGGUGCAAAAAUCAUCCGUUCCGCCGUUGAUCGUAACAUGGCUAAUUACCGGUAUAUGAAGAAAUUCGCUAUGAAGGCGUGA